AAUCCGUUUGAACCUAUUUCUGCUCUAACGGUUUUGGAAUCUCUCUCUACCUCUGCAGACGAAACUCUUGCAAUUUCAGCUCCACUCGGUCUCUUUUGUAAAGGUAACUUCAUCAAUUUUUUUUCCACCUAGGUUUUUCGAAUCCUUUUCUUCUUUGUUUCUUUUUCAGGGAUUGGGAACGAACCCGCGAUUAUUCUAACAUUAACUUUCUGGUAUGAGUGAGGGCCUGGCUGAGUUAAUGGCAGAAGGGGAAGAGGACUUGCCAAGGGAUGCCAAGAUUGUCAAAUCACUGCUGAAAUCAAUGGGUGCUGAGGAGUAUGAACCUCGCGUUAUCCAUCAGUUUCUUGAGCUGUGUCGUCGAUGUAUUGACAGAUGCACAGGUCUCCUCAGAGCAUGGCGAGAAGCAAACCAUCGACUGCGUGAUGUCAAGCUUGCUAUUCCAUCCAAACUCAAUUUCAGCUUUUCACAACCCCCGCCCAGAGAGGUGCUCCUGGAGUUUGCAAGAAAUAGGAACAAAGUUCCAUUGCCAAAGGCAAUUCCGGGACCUGGUGUCCCCCUCCCCACCAGAGCAGGAUACGUUGAUCAGCACAAAUUAUCAAUUUGCUGUCCCGAAGAAGUAACCUGCUCAGGCAAUGGAAGAGACAGAAGAUGAUGAAGAAAGUGUUGAACCUAAUCCAUUGCAGGAGCACGAGACAGAUAUGCCACAGCAAACAGCUCAAACUGUAUCAUUUCCCCUCAUUAAGCGCUCAAAGUGAGGAUUCUUUUUCUUAGAUUUGUAAGAUGUUUCAGCAACCCAUUUAUGUAGGAUAUGCAUUUUAUCAAAGAAAUGGAGAAAAAGAAGGUUGAUGUCUUUUGUUAUCAUUUUUGUAUAUAAUGGAUCACUAUAAUCGUAUCAAAAUUCUGCUUUCGGUGUUCGAGUGUUAAUGUUAUUUAUUCCUAAUUCGAUUCUUGAUAUGAUCUGAAUAUGGCUUUGAAAGCUGAGGUGCAAUAUUAUCGAGAAGGUUUGAGCAAUUAAGACGUUUGAAGAACAUCAAAACGAGACCAAAAAUCUUAAACAAGCUUUUAACGAAAGGUCUUUGCCAGACACAAAAUAUAUCUACUCCUUUUCCUGUUGCUUUCUUCAUGUGAGAUUCGAAUCCUAAUCCCGAAAUAACCAUCAGCUAAACGGG